AUGGCUAACAGUGAAAAGUUCAGAUUGAAACUUCUCAUCGAUGAGAAGAGAAACAAAGUUGUUUUGGCAGAGGCUAAUCAGGAUUUUGCUGAUGUGCUCAUCAGUCUUUUGACUCUCCCAAUGGGUAGAAUUGCUAAAUUGCUGGGGAAUCAUAAGACAGUCCUAGGCUGUUAUAAAAACCUAAACAGAAGUGUUUCAGAUAUGGGGUUUGGUCAUUUUGAGACUGAAGCUUGCAAGAUUAUGUUGCUGUGCCUGAAGAGUACUAAGGGGAUCCAUUGCAAAAAUCUGAAGCUGAACAUGGGUGAUACUACUCCCACCAGGUUCCUUACGUGCCCAAAGUUAUUUGAGAAUGGUUCAUGCAGCAGAAGGACAUACAGCAAUUUUUACGGCUCAAGAUGUAGUUGUGGAGCUUUGAUGAGCGCUGAGAUUCUGGUCCCAGAAGAAGAGCAAGUUGGAGAAGUGAUAGGAAACAAUGAAGAUGGAGUGUUUGUCAAUUCCCGAUCCUCAUUCAUAAUCACUGAUGAUUUGAAAGUGACAUCUAACUCUACUGGUGGUAUCACGAAAGUUCUAAAUGAUCUAGGGUAUGUUGGUUUUAGCGAUCUGCGGGAAACCUUACUUGAUGUAGGGUUUGGAGAGGUGCGGAAUCUACUGGGAUGUUUAUUCACUUCAGAAGAUCCCUUGACUUGCGCAUUCCUCAGAGAAACUUACACGACAAGGAAGCAUGAAUGGUUAUCUCCGCCUGCGCCAAAUCUUCUGAGGUAUUUGUUUGAAAGGUUGACAGGGAGAGUAUGUUCUGUGAAAGUAUUUGUUAGAAAGCUUGACAGGGAGAUUCUCUAUGCCGAGUGCAAUGAAGACUUCGUUGACUCUCUUCUCAGCUUUUUGGCUCUCCCUCUUGAGUUGGCUUGCUCAUUGCCAUAUUGGGAUGUGUUGGGAAUUUGUGCAGAAGUCCUUGUAGAAGAGCUGCUUCCAAAAGUUGUCAACUUCCUGAUUAUUAUAUUUGCAGUAACAACAAUCUGCUCAAUUAUGUACACCAAUCAAGAGUGUGAUGGCGAAAUUGUGACUUUGUCUCCAAAUGAUCCAAAAGUCGAGCCUGGAGCUUCAUCAGGAUGUGGGAGUGGGUUUAUGAAGAAAAGUACAAAGUUUGUCGUGUCUAAUGAUCUUGUCAUAACUCCGAUGAGUUCAUCUUCGAUCAUUGGCUUGUUAAAGAAGAUGCAGGUUGACAUCAGUGAUCUCCAAGACUAUCAACUUAGCAUUUCCAAAGCAGAGCUCAUCAGCAUUCUCAAAGCUUCCUUGAUCUCCUCCUCUGCAUUGACCAUUGGUCUCUCAAACUUGCUCGCGAAGAUACCCAAGGAAGAAAAUUAG